UGAAAAGUGAAUGAAUAAUUAGCUACUGCCAUUUUUUAUUUUUUUUUUAUUUAUGGAUGAGCUCGGGUUGUUAUAAGCACCGAAAACCGCCAGGUAGGGCUAGAUAGCCGCUGAUAUCCAUCCCAACGACCUCCAUCUUUACAGCUUCUCUACUCUCUACCAGCGGAAACGCAACCUGACAAAAUGAAAAUCGGAAUCGCAGGCAUCACCGGCAAAUUCGCCCGCCGGCUCCUCACCCACCUGCUAUCGUCUCCCUCCCCCCCCUCGCACACCAUCAAAGGCUUCUGCCGAGACCCCUCAAAACUGCCCGAUGAUAUAAAGUCAGACCCCCAGAUCGAACUGAUCCAGGGCACAGCCUUCGACAAAGCCGCCAUUGCGACAUUCGUCCAGGCCUGCGACGUGGUCGUAUGCUGCUACCUCGGCGACGACACUCUCAUGGUCGAGGGCCAGACACUGCUUAUCGACGCCUGCGAGGAGGCAGGGGUUGGCCGGUAUGUCGCGAGUGACUGGGCAUUGGACUAUACGAAGCUGCAACUGGGGCAGUUGUUCCCGAAGGACCCUAUGAUUCAUGUGAAGAGAUACCUGGAUUCGAAGAAGGGAGUGGUGGACGGAGUGCAUAUCCUUGUUGGCGGGUUUAUGGAGCCUGUGUUUAGUUCGUUUUUUGGGAUUGUGGAUGUGCAGGCGGAUGUCUUGAGGUAUUGGGGGGACGGGGAUGAGGUGAUGGAGGGGACGACGUAUGAUGAUGCGGCGAGGUUUACGGCGCAGGUGGUCUUGGAUCGUACGGCGAGGGGGGUUUUGAAGUUUGUUGGAGGUCGUGCUACUGUUCGUGAGAUUGCAGCCUCGUACGAGAAGGUGUACGGUGUCCCAGCGAAACUGGAGAGACACGGGUCUCUGGAGGAGCUGUAUACGACUAUGCAUGCGCUGCGGGAGAAGAGCCCGCAGGAUGUUUACAGUUAUAUGUCCUUGUUCUUCUACUACUACUGGGUCAACGGACAGACCCUCCUUGGGCCGCAGACUGAUAAUUCUCGCUAUUCGGAAAUUCACCCGGUGGACUGGGAAGGAUUCAUGGCCAGCUGGCCGCGAGAGAAGAUUGGGUCGUCGUAUUUUGCUCUGAAUGUACAAGAAUAG